UCUAAAUCACAACUAGCGCUGCAAUAAGAUCUACAAUCAAAGCUUUUGGUUUAUAGUGAUACCAUUCUAUAAAUAUUAAAACUGAAAGGCAAUUUUUGUUUUUUCCCUCUACGGGAUUUACAAUAUGCGGUAGAUGAAAUAAGUGCAGUUAUGAAUGACCAUCAUCACAGUUAUCUGUAAAGCACAACUAAAACCUGUCAACAACUCUGGGAUUUUUAUAUAUUUGCAUAAUGAGUCACACUUUCCCCAAGUCCUUCUUACUGAAAUGACUGAAGAUUUUUUUGUGUAAAGAUAUCAUUUAUUUAUGUAUUUAAAUAUAGCUGCGUUUGUCGGUGUUCUUUUUAUUCUUGGCCACUAGGUGGCGAUACCACACAGCUUUGGCAACUGCCUAAAACAUCAAAGAAGAAGACCGUGCCUCCAUGACGCUCGCCAUGUUUUUUUAUGUGUUGUUCCUCCAUUAAGCUGUGUUGGGCCUUCUGCCAGAGUUACACGUGUGUUUAAACAUAGUGCAGCAGCAAACAAAUGGCCUUCGCUCUGCCGGUGUGGCUCGCGGUGCAGGAGGAACUCCUCGGACAUGGCGCGGCAGACCAUGAGCCUCCGAGUUGCUUCGACGAUUUCGACGACGAAGCUUUGUUCCAGAUGUUCCACCUCACCAGACCCUGCAUCGCCUUCAUUACAGAUGCUAUACGCAUCCGCAUGAAGACAGUUGUUAUGGACAACCCUGAGCUGCCCGUAGACGCGAUGGUCAUGGUGGCGCUGAACUAUUACGCACACGGAGUCUCCUCCUCUGCCGUGCUGCAGAGACUCGGACUGAGCGAGACGGACUACGCCGUGGUUGUUAUUAGCACAGUCUCCGACGUCAUAGCAGGGAUGUCCGAUCAGUUCAUCUCAUUCCCACUAACCCGGGACGCCAGAGCCAAUGUCGCCUUCAAGAUAGAGAAAAUAUGUGGGAUCCCCAACGUGCUGGGCGUCCUGGCUCCAGCCCACUUCAGGAUCAGAACUUCUCCGUAUGAGAGGAGCACCUUCAGGGCUUUUGUCAACAGCUUGAGUUACACGUCGGUCGUGAGCCAGAUCAUGUGUGACUCCGACGGCAACAUACUCAGUGUUGAACAUUGUUGCGUGGGCAGCACGUUUGAGCAGGAAAUGUGGGAGUCGUCGUUCAAAGGGAGGGAGAUGGAGAACGAAUUGCAUGGACCAUAUUGGGUUGUUGGUGGGAAAGGCUACCACUUAAGCAAACAUGUGUUGACUCCUGUGUCUGAACCUGCAAAUGACAAGGAGGGUCGCUUCAACGAGGCCCACACAAAGAUCCACAACGUCAUGAGGGCAACGCUCGGCUCCCUGAGGAGGCGUUUCAGAUGUCUGAUGCAACUUGGUUUUGCACAAGAAACUUCUUUGAACAAAAAGUCUAACAUUAUCAAGGCAUGCUGUGUGUUGCACAACAUUGCAAAGAAGUUUUCCGUCCCUCCCCCACCUGCAGCGGGUAAAAUUGAGCCCCUGCAUCCUGGCAAGCAGCAAUCGACACCAGUGGAGGUCAACCCAGAGGCUCUGAAAGCCAGACAGAAACUCAUCGAUGUUAACUUCUCUUUAGUCACCAGUGGCCAGAACCCACCGAGUAACAACAUCACAGAGGACAAUGUGUGAGCAGAGUGGGUGCAUCGUCU